GGCGGGGAUGGCGCGGCCGGGGUCCCGGGCGCGCGCCGUUGGCUGGUGCGGCGUGACGGGGUGUGGCACGGGCGGCGCCGUUGGUUGGUGCGCGGCUGGAGGGCGCGGCGCUGGCGGCGCUGAUGGAUGGGCACGGCCGGCCGGACCAGGCCAUGGCGUUGCUGGUGUGCUUGGGCAUGACGGCGGCGCUGGCCCGGGGCUGCCUGCACUGCGACGUCCAUUUCUCAGAGAAGUUCUCCUUCUACCGCCAUCACGUGAACCUCAAGUCCUGGUGGGUGGGUGACAUCCCCGUGUCGGGAGUGCUGCUCACCGAGUGGAGCCAGAACACGAUGAAGGAGCUCCACCUGGCCAUUCCCGCCGAGAUCACCCGGGAGAAGCUGGACCAAGUGGCAGGAGCAGUGUACCAGAGGAUGGACCAGCUGUACCAGGGGAAGAUGUACUUCCCAGGGUAUUUCCCCAAUGAGCUGCGGGCCAUCUUCCGGGAGCAAGUGCGCCUCCUCCAGAACGCCAUCAUAGAGAGCCGCAUCGACUGUCAGCGUCACUGUGGCAUCUUCCAGUAUGAGACCAUCUCCUGCAUCAACUGCACAGACUCACACGUUGUCUGCUUUGGCUACUACUGCAAGUCAUCGGCACAAUGGGAAUCAGCUGUACAGGGCCUUAUGCAUUACAUAAGUGUGUGGCACAAACAGGACGUAGGCACGAGAACCACCCCAACCUUUCUUUCACCGAGCAUAAAGUGUCUGGAACCACAGCACCUGGUUAACCUGACCUUGGAAAGCGCCUCUGAGUGUCUGACCCAGCACUGACAGCGGCUGCUUGCCCCCAGUCUCGGUGGGGGCCAGGACUCAACUGCACUGUUGCAGCCUGUUCCUCUGGAAGAAGCUAGCCAUUGCCUGCCUCGGGUCACUCCCAUGGAGCCCAGGUUGGGCCGGGGCAGGGGAGGUCAGGGAGAUGGGCUUGUGUAUAAAUAUCGGGGCCCCCAGAGAUAUUUUGAUUAAAGUGCCCUGAUAUUUCUCAUGAA